GGAAAAUAUCUCAUUUCUUUCUACAUCUCUCUGUUGCUUUUUUCCAUACCCUCUCCACAUCCAUGGAUUCCAUUAUUUUGGCACAGUUUCCCUCUGUUUUUUCACUUUCAGGAGCAGAUCUUCUCGUUCACGGCCGCAGUUUACCCUGCGUCCUUACCUCCUACACUAGCUCUCCUCUCCCCAAUCUGUCGGUUACUAUUUCCACCAGCAAACGGAGGCGGCUUCAACUUGCUGAAUCACGACGCUCGCUUGUCGCCACCGCCGGUGCCACCAAUUCGGCUCCCGCAAGAGAGAGAACCUACAAUGUAGGUGAGUUUAUGACUAGAAAAGAGCAAUUGCAUGUUGUAAGGCCAACAACUACUGUCGAUGAAGCUUUGGACACCCUUGUGGAGAAAAGAGUUACUGGAUUUCCUGUGGUUGAUGAUGAUUGGAAGUUGGUCGGUGUGGUUUCCGACUAUGAUUUGUUGGCACUUGACUCCAUCUCAGGUGGUGGUGAACAAGAUAGUACAAAUUUGUUUCCAGUUGUCGAUAGUACUUGGAAAACAUUUAAUGAAGUUCAGAAGUUACUCAGUAAAACUAAUGGGAAGGUUGUUGGUGACGUAAUGACUCCUUCCCCUCUAGUUGUGCGUGAAAACACCAAUCUUGAGGAUGCGGCGAGGUUAUUGCUUAAAACAAAGUAUCGUCGGUUACCUGUAGUAGAUAUUGUAGGAAAGCUGAUUGGUAUUAUUACCAGGGGAGAUGUUGUCAGGGCGGCUCUUCAGAUAAAGCAGGCUGCCGAGGAAAUGUGAUCACUCUUCACCGCUGGUUGCUCUAAGCAAGAGUGAAAUUAACACGUACCCUCUGUGAUGUAGUGGCUAAUUACUCCAUACAACUACAGUGAAAUUACGGCACAGAGAGGUAAUAUGUAUAAUGCAUAUGUAUCGGUCACGCCCCAAAACCGAGUACAUUCUUGUCCGGCUUGUAUAUUUAGAUUUUGCAUUCUUGCUUGCACGUGGUGAUGGUGAGAAUCCAGAAUUGUAGUGAGAUUGAGAUCAAUAGGUAGACCUUUAUCCUCACGGGCUUCUGCUGCCCUUUAUAGCUAUUGUAAUAGACAUUUAUUACGCUUAA